CGUGGUUGGAAAACUUUUUGAUAGCCCUAGCUUGCAAAGCUGAUUGGUAAGAAGACUCUGACUCCUCUUUUCUUUGUGUUCCAUUUCCGUUCCCUUCCGUUCCCUUCUCAUUCUCAACAUUUCAGCCAUGUCAGAAGAAGAAGAUCUCUCGUUUUCAUACUUCGCGGAUCUUCCAACCGAAAUUCAACUUUUGAUCUGGGAAUUGUCUCUCCCAGAUGCUUCCGUCAUCCACCUCACCAACCCUCCGGGGAAGUUUGCAGAGCUAUACGAACCAUUGAGAAGCACACGAGAGUUGUCGCGGCUCCUCUACGUAUGCCGAGACUCUCGUAAAGUUUUCAAACGCCACUACGUUCCGCUCGGCGAAAUCUCGAAAUUUGAACAUAAGCAUCCCAUUUAUUUUGACCCUGAAGUAGAUACCCUGUAUCUUGAAGUCACUUGGCACUUCUUGUAUCGCCCUAUCUCCAACAAAUGGCUAUCUGCGGCUGCCAUAUCCGCCGUUGACGACUGGACUGUUAAAAAGUCCAAUGACAAAAGGUGCACCAACUCGGCAGUUGAAGGUUCUCCUGUUUAUAACGCUGAUAAAAACCACUUCCCUUUCUUAGCCGACAAGAAGGUUCUUAAUUCAAUCCGACAUCUGGCUAUGGACUACAGAGCUUGGAGUGGCUGGUGUUUUUUCCACCACAUCGAGAACAUAAUCAACUUCUUCCCCAACUUUCCAAAUUUGGAGAAGUUCACUUUUAACUGGGAGAAAUACAAGCAGGCACGGCGGCUUGGCCUUACAUCCAACAAAUUAAAUUGAGAGAGUCUAAGGCUCAGGAACAGGCCAAAAAGAAACAACCGGGAUUGAAGCUCCCACCAUUCGAAGUAAAGAUUCCGGGGAAAUUGAAGCGCACUUUAAGGGAAGAGUACGAUGCGGAAUGGGAUGCCCAGAGUGACUGGUCAGGGGAAUGGGCACAUUGUCUAUACUACGAAGACUGGAUUUACCGUUAACUGGCGGCGCCAUUUUAAAUUUAGGAUACUGCAUUCUUUUAUCCGGAUAUUAAUCUUCGUCACUCUUGAUCUUAAUAAAACAACCGC